CAAGGGAAGAUGGAAAGCUUCAAAUACGACUCAAGGGUUGAACCUGCUGACUCAGCCCAGGUUGUGGUCCCCAGAGCAGGGACAGACCCCUCAGUCAUCGGGGACCUCAGAGUCCUGGAGAACCUGCGGUCCCUGGAGGAGGGCAGCAGCAUGUCCACCUCCUCCCUUUGGGAGGUCCAGAGGGACAUCCAACCGCAUAUGAGGAAGAUACUUACAGUCUGGAUAUUCAGGGUGUGUGAGGAGCAGCUGUGUGAGGAGGAAGUGUUUCCCCAGGCGGUGUUCCACCUGGACUCCUACCUGAGCCGCUACACUAUUGAGAGGUCCAAGCUGCAGCUUUUAGGGGCCGUCUGCAUGUUUCUGGCCUCAAAAAUGAGAGAAACAGUCCCUCUGACAGCUGAAAAACUUUCUUUCUACACAGAAAACUCAGUUUCAGCCUCAGAAAUCCUGCAGUGGGAGGUAGCGGUGGUGUCCAGGUUAGACUGGUGUCUGGCCUCUGUGAUCCCCUCUGACUUCCUGGAGCCAAUUCUUCAUGUUGUUCCUUUUGUCCGGGCCCCUCACCUCCAGCUCAUCCGCCGACAUGUUCACUCCUACAUCGCUCUGGCGCUAACGGACUGCAGGUUUUUGGCCUUCUUACCUUCUACUCUUACAUGUGCUUGCGUCAGCACUGCCAUGCACAGGCUAAAGAUGGUGGACAGACACGACUCAUCUGAUUCAGUUGCCAAACUGUUGGCCAACCUGUUGGCUACUGAUCUGAAUACGAUCCUCUGCUGCUGCGAGCUGCUAGGAAGCGUGUUGGAGUUGAACCUGCCCUGCUGUUUCCAGGAUAAGAUUCAGCAGGACAGAAACAUACAGUUCAGGGAUCAGCUACAGCCCUGCAGACAUCCAGGAUGUCCUGACAACGCUUAAACCAUCCCAGGAAACCAAGCUUAAGCCUUCCUCCCUGCCUAUUCAGGAGACCAGAUUCGGGAAGCAACGAAAUUGAAAGGCAUCAAUU